GUGUGUGUGUGUGUGUGUGUGUGUGUGUGUGUGUGUGUGUUCGCUCCGCGGUCCUCUUUUUGUGUACAUGACGACAUGCCCUGUGUAGGCUUCAGAUAAACAUGUAACUUAUAUGUGUGUAAGGCUUCACUCGUUAAAGAAAUGAAGGUACCGGAGGAGGAACUCAUGAGCGACAUUUUGAAGCGGCUGACAGGUGAGUCUGCUCUACCUGUGUACAGCAACAUCGAGAAGUUCAAACGAGGGAAGGACGGCUGCUACUUUGUCGCCGAAGACUUUCAUGAAACCGUGAAAAAGCGAGAAUUGGUCAACGCCAAGGAGAGACUAAGAAUCAGGAACUUGAACACGAUGUUCUCCCGCUUGAAGCGCAUGGUCCCGCUGAUGCGCCCAGACCGCAAGCCGAGUAAAGUGGACACACUCAAAGCAGCCACUGAAUACAUCCGAUUGCUUGUUGCAGUUCUGCAGGACACUGACAGAGAUGAAAGCAGUGGGACUGAUUUCUUAAAGAAUGCAAUCAGUUAUGGCCAGAGUGAAGGCUUGGGAGGUGACCUUUGGAGAGUCGAUGAUUUGCUGGACAUGUCGGAGGAGCACAUGGAAGACGGAUUCACUUUGGCCCCCGGACCGGUAACGGAGGACGGCGACAUGAGCAGACUGGUGCUGCAACACUGCGUGAUGCCUUCAUACCAGUUCAUCAUCCAAGUAGCUCCCGAUCAAAGCUCGAUGUCUCAACCUUUCUGAUCGGGGGACGAGCAGAAUGCUUGGAUCGAUAUUGAAGAUCUGACAGGGGCCUGUUGCUUUGAAGAAACGGAUUUAUCCAUGAAGAAAAUGAAGAAAAAUGCAAUUUUAUUUAAUUUUAUUUUCACUUUUCACCUUUAUAAUUUAUAAGCCGAUAUGCAUGUGCUUUUAUUUUCAUUUACAUAAAACUGUAACCUUGACAGCCCUGAAAUAAAUCCUUCAAAUCUG